AUGGCGCCUUUCUCGCGCCCUAUCCAGAGGCUGCUUAGGGACCGAGAUCUAAAAAUCUCCGAGGGUACCAUAAGAAAGUUUUUGGAGGAUGUGGAUCGAGUAGCACCAUGGUUUGGAGGUUCUGGGGACAUCAAUCUCCCCUGCUGGAACAAGCUAGGUAGGGCCCUCGAGACAGCAAAGGCGGAGGGUAAGCUUCGGCCGGGAAGUCAUCCAUUAUGGAAAUUGGUACGAGCCUGUUUGCGGGAUGGGAAAUGCGUCGAGGCAGUAAAAGAAGGCCGAAGAGCGCUUUUAGACUACCAGGAUAGCAUGUCGGAGCUAGAUACCAAGGAAGAAAUGACAGGAGAACACAAAAAACAUAGGCCUAAGGAGGGCGACAAAAGCUCUCGGAAAAGGGAGAGCGACAAGAGCUCUCGGAAGAGGGAGGGCGACAAGAGCUCUCGGAAAAGGGAAGAGAAAGCUCCAGAGAAAGACAGGGAGCUAGAGGAUACGCGGUAUCCACUCUUGGAGGAAUUUCCUCAAUUUUGUAUAGAUGAGUCCUCCGAGGAUGAGGACCAAUUAGAGGUGGAGGAGGAAGGUCUAGAGGAAGAUCUAGAGGAAGCUGCAGUUCAGUAUGAACGGGGACAGUGUAGUCCGGAGCAUACUAAGCCCCCGCCAUAUGAUUCACCUAGAGCUAGUGGUACCAGGAGUGGCCCAUCGGCACCUCCUGCCACGUCAGCUUCCUUCAUUAAGCCUGGCACAUGGAGCCGAUUGGCUGCUGUGUUCCCCGUCUUUCAGGAUCCCAACACAGGCCAGAGGUUUCAUGAGCCGGUUGCUUAUAAACAGUUGAAGGACUUGGCUGAGGCCACACAGACUUAUGGAGUGUCUGCGAGCUUCACGCUCGGACUUGUAGAGCGCCUAGGACAAUCGGCAAUGACACCUGCUGAUUGGAUGAGUACUGUUAAGGCAUGUGUUACUUUAGGCCAAUACUUGGACUUCAGGUCCAUUUAUACCGACUAUGCUUAUGCGCAAGCCCGUAUUAAUGCAGAUAACGGCAAUGCUGCCUGGACAGCAGACAUGUUACUAGGUCAAGGACAGUGGAUAAACAAUCAGACCGUGUUUCCUAUUCAGGUUUACCAACAAAUUAAUGAAAUAGCCACACGAGCCUGGAAAGCCCUGCGUAACAGGGGCCAAGUGUCGGGUAAUUUAACCAAGAUAAUACAAGGACCAGCAGAGCCAUUUUCAGACUUUGUUGCUCGAAUGAUGGAGGCAGCAGGAAGAGUAUUUAGCGACAUGGACCAGUGUAUGCCUUUAGUAGAGCAACUCGUCUAUGAACAAUGUACCAAAGAAUGUAGGAGGGCAAUCACCCCCUGGAAAGGAAAAGGACUCCAAGCAUGGAUGAAAGCUUGCAGGGAAAUAGGAGGGCCAUUGACUAAUUCUGGACUGGCAGCUGCUGUUUUGGCUGCUGCCCGGAUGUCUGGCAAUAGACCAGGAGUCUGUUUUAAAUGUGGCCAGCCGGGUCAUAUAAGAAAAACAUGUCCGAAUGGAGAAGGGAGGCAGGGAGGUGGAGGACGUCAACCAGCCUCUGUCCGAGAUGCAAAAAGGGGAGGCACUGGGGAAAUGAAUGCCGGUCGGUGA